AUGAUAGUGACAGCGUCAGACUUUAUAAUUUUCGAUACCACAAGAACCGGUGGAUUAAGGUCGCUUAACGAAUCACGUGUCAUCAAUUUUGCAGACCAGUGUCACUACAUGAACAACGUAUUCCAUCGAACACUUCCGACGGAUCUGACAGUAAUGCCGUUUCUGCUCCGUAUGAUGAAAAUCGUCGGUCUUUGGGGAAAUGAAGAACAUCUCUAUUUGUUUGUGUUUGGCUGUUUUUGGAUUGUAUCUAUCAUCCUUUUUCCCAAAGCCGUUUUAGGAAUAGGAAGCGAUCGAUUCGAUGCAAUUGCCAAAGGAUGGUCCGAAUUCAUUUUCGAAGGCAACAUGCUUGUAUCGAUGGUAAUACUAUCCACCAAAAAGGAUAGAUUUAAUGAAUUAAUUAACUUACUAAUAGCAAUCAUUAAGCAUGUCACGCACGAGGGCCAUCCGAAAAAAUGCAUUGAAGAAAUUCGUAAGCAAAAUAGCACGAUAGACAAGUUUUCUAAAUUCUAUGCAAUUUAUUGUGCUUUUGGGCCAUUUGUUUUUUGCGUCCCAUCACUAAUUACCAGCUAUAUGCGGUAUUAUGAUAUUAGUGGUAAUAAUUCAACGGAGAUGCGAUUCGAACUUCCCAUGGAACAGAGAUUUUAUGGUAUGCGAAUUCGGACGAACUUUGUGCACUAUAAUAUUUUUGUUGUACUGUCCCUGAGUUCUUAUUGUUUCUGUGCGUUCUUUUUCCUCAUUAAAGUAGGCACGAUGAUAGCAAUGAUGAAAUAUUGUGCGUUAGUGUUUCGUUUGAUAAGUAUUGAAAUACAGGAGUUAAAUCAUAUCUCGGAACACAUUGUGAAAGUGCGCAAAAUAUCGCGAAUUGUUCGUCUCCAUAACAGAGCAUAUGAUGUAACACAGCUCGUGGAAGAUAUCAUGAACAUACCACUGAUGAUGCAACUCAUAUCCUGUAUGAUGUUCUGGUGCUUAACUUUAUUCUACGCAUCAACGAACUUCAACAUAUCACUGCUCAAUGUUAUGGUACUCUUCUUCCUGUCGCUGGUUGAAACCUACGGCUAUUGCUAUGUAGGAACAAAGGUGACUAGCGAAGCUGCUGCCGUUGGCGAAGCCAUUUACGAACUGCCUUGGUACAAAGAAUCCGUGGAGCUUCAGAACAGAUAUCGGUUCACUUUACAUCGCUCUCAGAGCAGGACUGGGAUUACGGCGGCAAAUUUUUUCAUCGUUGGACAUGAACAGUUCGGAAAGAUAACCCAAAUGUCCUACUCGUUCUAUUUGGUGCUGAAAAAUACUCUUCCUGCACUGUAA